GGUGGGGAGGAUGUGGGGGUCCUCUAGAGAAAGCCUCUUCUGGCUUAGAUGCAGGGCACUAGCUGGAUCCAAACCAGACAAACUGGCCAGUUACUUGUCUUCUUGGGGUUGGUCUGGCGGCACACAGCCUGAAAGAGGAGGUGGUGGUCCCUGGGCCCCCUGAUCAGAGAUGUGCACCUGUCUCAGGGCCCCGGUGAAGGUAUUGGCACAGAAUGACCUUGGGCACCUUCAUCUGUGCUGCCCACAGGGUCAAGCUUGCUUCCUAAGCUGGAGACUUCCUGCUCUGGUUUGAGGUGCAGAAAGUUGGGAUUGGACCCUGAUUCAGAGGCCUUGGGCCUGUCUGCUCAACUAGCAGGGUGGGGAGGAUGGUGGCAGCAGACCCAGGGUUGGGUCAGUGCAGUGUGCUCAGGAUGGCUGAGGUGCUCACCACCACAGCCAAGGGUGAUUUCCAGGCUAGAACAGGCGCAGAAGCAUGAGAGCUGGGUGGGGACUGGAACAGCAAGAGUUUCUAGGGUCCCAUGGGAGAGGCCCCAAGUGGACAGUGCUGAACUUGGCAUGGUGUUUUACCCCUCUGUGUGAUUGGGAACCUUUUUCUUGGGAGGGCGCCAGCUCCCCUGUGGCCCAUAACCCUCUCUCUGGGCACCCAGCAUUUUUUGGUCCCCUGGAUGGCUGUAGCUAUUGAUUGCUCUCUGGGCCAGAAAGGACAGUCUGCUGUGGUGCGCGAGACCUAACUGCGUGAACAGCUGGUGGGGCGCAAAGCACUGUGGGAAUCGCCCAGGACAGUGCGAGGGGAAGCCAGGUAGGCGGUCAGUGGGCGGGGCAUUUCAAAGGAUCAAGCCCCGCCCCCGUAGGUGAUUGGUUGGCCCCGCCCCAUGCCAGUGAGUGAUGGGCUUGCGGGGGCGGGGCAUGGCCACCGCUUCCGCAGGGCGAUGGGGCUGUGUGUGCUGCUGUCGCUGCUCCUGUCGACGUUGCUGCUGUCACCGCUGCUCUGCGGAGGCCAGGAGGCUACUUCCUCGUUGCCGCACCCUGCGCAGGCUACGCUCUCGCCACGGCAAGUUGUGAUGAACGGGAGCCAGUCAGGCGCGUCACACAACCACACACACCCGUUGAUGCCGGGCUCCCCGGGCUCGCCGCUGUUGCGCUCUUUCUACGUGCUUACUGGCUUCAUUAGCCUGGCAGCGCUCUACUUCCUCAUCCGGGCCAUUAGGUUGAAGAAACCCCAGUGGAGAAGCUACGGCCUCCUGGCCAACACUGAGGACCCCACUGAGAUGGCCUCGCUGGACAGUGAUGAGGAAACCGUCUUUGAGACCAGGAAUCUGAGAUGAUAUUCAGGUCAGGUCGGGGAGACAGUGUUCCCAACAGCCCUGGGGGAAGGACAAGAGACAGGGCCCACUCCCAGUGCCUACACACCCGCCAAUUCUCCUGCUGGCCUGAGGGCUCAAGUGGGACCUGCCCAGCCUGCCUGAAGUCACCUCAGCCCUCCACCACCACAGGACUACACGGGAUGCCAGGUGCAAACCAGAGGGGCCCCCGGCAGCCCCAUCCAGGAUUCUGAGACCCUCUGGUUGGACUGUGAUUUGUGCUGCUGACCUUCCCUGUGGGGACACUGCUGAGGUCUGGCAGGCAGGUGGGCUGAGGGUCCUGUCUGGGAUUGCCUUCCCCACUGGCCUGGGGACAAUAAAGGCAGCAGUGGUUCUAUAGUUGGCACCCAACUCUACACUGGGCCAGACCUGGCAUCCUGGCUCACAGACAGGGUGGAUGGCAAACAGGGCUUGUUCCGGGCCUCGUUUUUCUUAUCUGUGAUCACGCUGGGCUUCUUUGGCUUUGUCCCCAGCUGUCCAGAGGGCCCAGGAAGUUCCUUGGGGUAGAUGGUGAUGGGAGGACCUGCCAGUCAUUGCCUCUGGGCCUAGAGAAAUCUAUUCAUCCAUCAAAGGCACUAUAUAGGGGCUCCCUGUUUUGUGCUGCCUUCAGCCUGGGACCUCACAAGGGCCAUGUAUUCUGGGAUCCUUGCUUCACUCUAUUCACACCACCAGCACCUUUGGGACUGUAAUGUAGAGGGACUGGAUCUUCCUGCAGCCUCAGGACCCCUUUGCCCACCAUGCCCCUCCCCUGUCAGACUCCCAUGGAAUUAUCGA